AUGAACAGGAGCCUCGGAUUUGUAUUUCAUGACCUUGGCGAAUAUAAGAAGUCUAAAGAAUAUGCCGAGAAAGCACUUGCUAUCAUGAUAGAAAUUGGCGACAAACAUGGGGAAGGAGCAACAUACGAGUGCCUAGGAUUUGUGUUUAAUUCCCUUGGCGAAUAUCAGAAUGCUAAAGAAUAUUGCAUGAAAGCACUUGCCAUCGCGAUAGAAACUGGCGACAGAAGAGGAGAAAGUGCAACAUACGGGUGCCUUGGAACUGUGUUUUACUCCCUUGGCGAAUGUCAGAGGGCUAAAGAAUAUCAAGAGAAAGCACUUGCCAUUGCGAUAGAGAUUUGCAACAGACGAGGGGAAGGAUCCAGAUGCAACGACCUUGGAGUUUUGUUUUCUUCCCUUGGCGACAAGCAAAAGGCCAAAGAAUACUACGAGAAAUCACUUGCCAUUGCGGUAGAAACUGGCGACAGAAGGGAAGAAGGAAGAGUAAACGGGAACCUCGGAGCUGUGUUUUAUUCCCUUAGCGAAUAUCAGAGGGCUAAAGAAUAUCAAGAGAAAGCACUUGCCAUCGCGAUAGAGAUUGGCGACAAAUAUGCAAAAGUUGUGAGAUACGGGGACCUCGGAUGUUUGUUUUCUUCCCUUGGCGAAUAUCAGAAGGCUAACGAAUAUCACUUGAAAGCACUUGCCAUCGCGAUAGAAAUUGGCAGGAGAAAAAGUGAAGGUUGCCAAUACAAAAGUCUUGGAUCAGAUUAUUUUAACCUUGGAAAAAAUCUGCCAGCUAAAGAAUAUUUUGAAAAAGCAGUCGACAUCAGUAUAGAAAUUGGUCACCGAGAGUUAGAAGCUACUGCUCUUACCGGUUUAGCAAAUGUUUUUGCUUCUGUCAAUGAAAAUCUGAAAGCCAAAGAACAUUGUGAGAAGGCGCUUACCAUCAGCAGAGAAUGUGAACAUAGAGAUCUCGAAGCAAACAUUUACAUUACCCUUGGCAAAAUAUACCGCUCGCUUCAUGAAUGUGGUUGCGGAGGCAAAGGAUUAUCUCAUUCAAUGUAUUGGAAAAUACGAGNGAAAGCACUUGCCAUCGCGAUAGAAAUUGGCGACAGAAGAGGAGAAAGUGCAACAUACGGGUGCCUUGGAACUGUGUUUCACUCCCUUGGCGAAUGUCAGAGGGCUAAAGAAUAUCAAGAGAAAGCACUUGCCAUUGCGAUAGAGAUUUGCAACAGACGAGGGGAAGGAUCCAGAUGCAACGACCUUGGAGUUUUGUUUUCUUCCCUUGGCGACAAGCAAAAGGCCAAAGAAUACUACGAGAAAUCACUUGCCAUUGCGGUAGAAACUGGCGACAGAAGGGAAGAAGGAAGAGUAAACGGGAACCUCGGAGCUGUGUUUUAUUCCCUUAGCGAAUAUCAGAGGGCUAAAGAAUAUCAAGAGAAAGCACUUGCCAUUGCGAUAGAGAUUGGCGACAGACGAGGGGAAGGAACCAGAUGCAACGACCUUGGAGCUGUGUUUUCUUCCCUUGGCGACAAGCAAAAGGCCAAAGAAUACUACGAGAAAUCACUUGCCAUUGCUAUAGAAAUUGGCCACAGAAGAGGAGAAGGAAGAAGAAACGGGAACCUCGGAGCUGUGCUUUAUUCCCUUACUAAAGAAUAUUUUGAAAAGGCAGUCGACGUCAGUAGAGCAAUUGGUCACCGAAAGUCAGAAGCUUCUGCUCUUACCGGUUUAGCAAGUGUUUUUGCUUCUGUCAAUGAAAAUCUGAAAGCCAAAGAACAUUGUGAGAAGGCGCUUACCAUCAGCAGAGAAUGUGAAGAUAGAGAUCUCGAAGCAAAAAUUUACAUGACCCUUGGCAAUAUAUACCCCUCGCUUCAUGAAUGUGGUAAGGCAGAAGAUUGUUUGAAGAAAGCUUACUCUAUAAGCAGUCAAACUGGAAACAAAUUAGAGGAGUUUAAAAGCCUUCUCGAAAUUACACUGCUCAAGGUAUCGCAUUCACAGGUUGCGGAGGCAAAGGAUUAUCUCAUUCAAUGUAUUGGAAAAUACGAGCAAAUCAGAACUUCCCUGGAAGGAAAGAGUGAAUUUAAAAUUUCUUUGUUGGAGGAACACGGUACUUUUCCCUACAAGUUACUCAGUCGCUUGCUUUGCGAUACUGAACAAUUUCAAGAUGCUCUCUACGUUGAGGAACUGGGACGAGCAAGAGUCCUCGCAGAAUUAAUGGCAGACAAGUACUCCGUGGAAAGCCACAUCUCAGCUAAUCCAAACACAUGGUUCGGGAUUGAAAACGUCGUAAAAAGAGAAACUAACUGUGUUUUUCUGUAUAUUUCGAACGAAGAGCGGCAAGUUCUUCUCUGGGUAUUGAAAGCAAAUGGAGACACUUUCUUUCGAAAAUCAAACAAAGUAGAAGUAAACACUCUUAUUGCUGAGGAAGUUUGCGAUGUGGAUGGAAUUUUCAAAAAGAGCGCCGCUGGCUUUGGCGUUUUACCCAAAGCCAACUGCGAAGAUCGAUCUUUGGAUGACAACGUGACGACACCUCCUCAUGGAAAGAGCAGAACAAAUUUACGAGGUGAACAAACCAAAGAUACGGAAAGAAUUCACCAUUUGUGCUACGAAUGGAUCGUCGCACCUGUGGCAGAUUUACUUACAGGGCCUGAAAUAAUCAUUGUCCCGGAUCGUUUUUCGUACCGAGUCCCAUUUGCUGCCUUGCGUGAUAAACCUGCCGGAAAGUAUUUAUCAGAGAAGUACAGACUACGCAUCAUCCCCUCUCUGACCACUCUCUGUCACAUUCAAGAGUGUAGAGCAGACUAUCACAGUCAAACUGACGCACUGAUAGUGGGCGAUCCUACGGUUGGCAAAGUGCAUUACAAUGGAAGUCUCACUGAGGUCACACCUUUGUUCUGUGCAAACAAGGAAGCAAAGAUGAUUGGUCAACUGCUGGACAUUCCGCCUUUGUUAGGAAGGUACGCAACAAAGCAAGCGGUACUUCAAGCAAUACCUUCAGUAAGUCUGAUACAUCUUGCCGCUCAUGGAGAUGCCGAAAGAGGAGAGAUUGCACUCUCCCCACAAAGUACUGCCAACAGUAUUCCACAAGAGAAAGACUACCUCUUGACUAUGUCCGACAUUCAAGCAGUUCAAGUGCGAGCUAAACUGGUUGUACUCAGCUGUUGUCACAGUGGACGUGGAUUUGUUAAAAAGGAAGGAGUUAUUGGAAUCGCUCGAGCAUUCUUAGCAUCCGGUGCUCGUUCAGUGUUGGUAGCAUCGUGGGCCAUAGAAGACGAAGCAACGGCGACCCUUAUGAAGCAUUUCUAUAAACACCUUGUUCGUGGAGAAAGUGCCAGCGAAUAA